AUCCAAGCAUUAAUUAUCAAAAAACAUUUUCAAACACGUCAAAUUUUAAGUAGAAAAAAUGAUGAAGAACACAUUGUUGUGGGAGACGCUGCAGACCGUGGAGCAGCUGGAGGUGGCCUUCGAGGAGACACUGCAGACCAUAGACCACAUCAACAGUCGCUACUGCUCGAUGUCGAGCCGCACGAGCUCAGCCGAGCGACACCAGCGACUGUACGAGUCGGAAAUCCAGGCGGCCAUCACAGGGCCCGCCAAGCCCACGCACAAAAUUCACGAUAGUCCCAAGCGGCGCAACAAGAAAAGGAAACGCACAAAGCAACGAGGCUGCCGUAAGAGCCAAGCCAAGUCCAAAGCUCAGUGGCUGCAGCCCGUCUUCAAUCUGCAUGCCAACUGCGUGUGUGAGCUGGAUUUGGACGACUCGAAUGCGCCGAUUCGAGCUGUGACGGCGCAACUGCUACAGGAUGGCAUCGAUAAAGAGUUCACAUCGAAUGCGACGGCGACCAGCAAUGGGUGGGGCAUGCCGGAGGGCACUGAUCGAGUGGAUCUGAGCCUCAGCGCCUGCAACACCAAUUGCUGUCCCUGUUGCCAAUGAUGUGGAAGUCUUUGAUUUGUGUGUAUUAGUGGUAUUCCCUCAAAAUAAAUAUGUAAAUAUUGUGUAAAA